CGCCAAUAUUCUCCAGACAGACACAUCAUUCUAUCUAGUACUCGUCUACUACCAGCUUAUCCAUCACGAUGCGUUUCUCAGUUGCUACUCUCCUCCCUCUCGCGGCCCUCGCGGUCCCCGCCCUCACCGCCUCCGUCCAGGCUAGGGACGGCUCCUGGGGUGGUGUCGACGACGGCAAGGAUGGCCACAAAGGCGAUGGCAAGAAAGACUACGACAACAAGGACUAUGGCAACGGUCGCAAGGAUUGCACCUGGGAGCCUGUGUUCGAGCACAAGCAGGACUUCAAGGGAUGGAACCAGGGCAAGUACACUCCCUACGACCACAAGGAUGUCAAGAAAGACACCUACGAGUUUGGUAAGCCCAUCGGUUUUAUUUUCGUCCAUGAUUAUUUUUCCUGACGUCCACUCAGACUGCAAGGACUUUUGCGAGAAGGACGACAAAUGUAACUCUUGCCAGGGUACGUCUUACGCUCACUCCUUCUUCGAUUUUAUUCAACGGUUUGUUCUAGUCUACUCCGAGGAAGAGAACGAGGAGAAGUUCAUCUGUGAGCUUUUCGAGGAGAUCAUCGACCUCCUGACCUGGGAGGACGACUGUGAUGAGGACAAGGAUGGAAAGGACAGGGAUGACAAGAAGGACAAGGACGACAAGAAGGACAAGGACGACAAGAAGGACAAGGACGACAGGAAGGACAAAGAUGACAAGAAGGAUGGCAAGAAGUACUACGACUCCUUCUUGCUGGAACGCCCACUACACCUACUAAAGUCCGACGAGGCUUUUAUGUGUGGUAACAAUGGACAUUUGUAGGAGCGUGUAUGUAUAGGAUCGUAUACCUCGAAUUCGAUCUGCAUGUGGUACCUUUCACUCCUCUCACUGUCGGCUUGAAUUUCGUGGAACGUGUAUCAGCUAGAGCUGAUUUUCUUUGCCACAUCGACAUCUCAUUCUAAGCCAUUCAUUCUUCUCCUUCAAACGAAUGGAUGCAUUGCGCGAGUAUUCUUCUGGCUUUUGGGACAUGAAACAGGUGGUGUUAUCGAUACUUUGACAAAGUACAUACCAAAGCGUGAACCACUACUUCACACUCUUUGUCAGUGUU